GCCAUACUUUUAUUUUAGACGGCGACCAAGAGAGUCAAGUUGGCUGGGGAAAGGGAUGGUUAAAACUAACCAGGUUUGGACUUAUUUUAAGGGGAGGAAAUAUUAUUUUUAAUUAAAUUUGACUACUAAAAUUUAAUUUAAUUGGGAAAUUAACAAGUUGAAAAUUUAAGGGGUACAUUUUUAAUUAAAGUUUUAUAAGUGCUGGUGGAAUUCUGGGCAUGAGGUUAACCUUUAAAGGACAUUAAGUUACGGAGUGUAGAACAUUUUUGUGGAAAAUACAUUGUGAAAACGGGAACAUUUUAUAAAAGUGGAGAAAAGUUGGUGUUACUCAGAAGUUUCAAGUUUGAAAAGUUUUAAGAAACGAAAUUGGGCUUGGGAGAAAAUUUGGAUUGGAAGUGUUAUCUCUGUGGCGUUGUGAUAAGAAGUUAUCAGUUUUAAUUCGUGUUGAAUCUGUCUGGCUACGCAAAUAGCAACGUACGUACUUUGUUAAGCAGAUGAGUGAGAUUAAUGCAUAAACUGGGAUGAGCAGAAGAGUAUAUUUGGUCAAGUUUAAUGGAUUUGAUUAUUUGAUUGCCUGCCUGCACGAAAUGAAAUAAAGAAACACAAGUUCCCAAAAAUUUUGAAAAUAUCCAACCAUGGACGUAAAAUUGUCUCCAACUAGUGGCCCAUUCUCCAUAAAAAGGCGUCCUCAUCCCCACCACACCCACAACAGUGGCCCCACUACCACCACCACGACACAUGCCCUCAUUUACACCCCAACGGCAAAAAAAUGUCGCUUUUCUGCCGCCUCACUUAUCCAUCCCGUGUCCCCGUCGCCUUCCGACUUUCACUGCACGGACUCCGCGGAUUCCAUCCUUUCGCCGGCCGUGGACCUGUCCCCGAUUUCGCCAGUGUCCUCGCCCGAUUGGGAAAUCCCCGUCAAAAUUGUGCACGAAGACGUAGACUCGCUUAACUCCGAGGAUUUUACGACCCUGCACAUCACCCACCUCGUUCCGGAACUGUUAACUAAGGUGUUUUCCUAUUUGGAAAAGAAGGACAGGGCCCGAGUCGCAGUGACGUGUUCGUAUUUUAAUCAAAUUUUGAAAAAUCGCCAGAUUUGGAAGGGGACCGAAGCGAGGUUGAACUUACGGCCGAAUCAGGGUCAUACUUAUCACUCGUUGAUUGAAAGGGGUGUGGUUCGUGUGCAAGUCUUAAGUCUGAAAAGAUCCCUUCGCGAGUUGACGAGUCAUAUUAAAGUGACGCACUUAAGGUUGAGUGGAUGUUAUAAUGUGACGGAUUACUCGUUAAAUUCGAUGCAUAUUUUGCCUUCUUUGGUGGAGUUGGAUUUGUCGCUGUGCAAGCAGAUUUCGGAUGCGGGCUUGGUCCACAUCCUCGCCAAAACGCCAUCCCUCACCCGUCUCGACCUCGGCGGAUGCUGCAACCUCACGGACCGCGCCGCCCUCUUAAUCGCCUACGGUCUCCGCUCCCUCAAGUCCCUGGACCUCCGAUCCUGCUACAAUCUCACCGACAAAGCCUUAUCCUACCUCGCUGGCGACGUCUACUUGAGUGACCGCCACGAAAUUAAAACCUACAACUUCCUCGCCCGAGUUGGUCUCAUUGAUUGCGAACUUUGUCGACGUCCCGGCCCCGAAAAGGGGUCCAAACACCGGAUAGAACUCCCAAAAAUUAACGAGCACACAGAAUUCGGCAUGCUCUCCUUGGAAUCCUUGGUUUUGCAAGACUGCCAAAAAAUUUCGGACCUGGGUCUCCAAUGCAUUUCAAAAAUAGGAACACUUUCCAGCUUAAAUCUGUCCUUCUGCGUGAACAUUACGGAUAGCGGGUUGCGCUUUCUGAGUCCCUUGUCCGGCGUGUUGACCGAGUUGAAUUUACGGUCAUGUGACAACAUUAGUGAUGUCGGAUUUCAAACUUUACGUGAAUGCGGAUCCUUGCGACAUUUGGAUCUUAGUUUUUGCGAAAAGAUUUCAACCCUGAAUCCCACCGUGUGCAAAAUGUUGAGGACGUUAAGCCUUUCGGCGUGUGAUAUUGGGGAUGGCGCGUUGUUAGGAUUGCCGGUAAAUAUGGAGCAGCUGGAAACACUGAAUUUGGGACAGUGUGACAAAAUUUCGGACAUGGGGAUAGGCGCAAUUUCGGAAAAGUGUCCGAAUUUGAGGUAUAUUGAUUUGUAUGGGUGUUCUGCAAUUAGUACGAAGGGGUUGAAGGAUAUUAUGGCAAUGCCGUUGUUGAAAAAUGUUAAUUUAGGAUUGUGGAAGAUUUAGGGUUAGCUCGUUUUUUUAAAUUAGACGGUUAGGAAGGCUCAAAAGCAUGCAAAAAUCCAGUCAAACUUGUGAAUCAGAGACGAAUUUCUAGAUUUGAUAUCAUGUUCCUACAAGUAUAUUUAGGGGUAACGUAUUUUUUAUGUAAAUUUACACAAUUAUUUAUUUGCAAGUAAUUAAUAAAUUGCGCGAAUUUUUUUAUAGCAAACUUAUUUAUGCCACAAAAUGCAAGCAAUCUUUCUAUUGAGCUUUUUGCAUGACAAUGAAACCACGCGAAACUUACAAUAAGCUUUGAAAAUCUGUACCAUUUUUACGAAAAAAUUGGUAAAAAAUUCAUAACUACGUUUUCUCCAUUUAUCAUCUUCACAUGUUAACUUUCCAAUUAACUUAAAUGCAAGACUGAGACAAUCUUUUACAAAAAAUAGCUGUGAUUCCCGUAAAAAUGAAACUGUUCAACUUAUAAAUAAAAUAGUGAUUGGUAAUUGAUUAAAGUAUUAUUAAUUAGUGGAUGUAUUCAUGUCAAUUGGCAAAAAGCCGCAAAAAAUUAGCAAAAUGAGUUUAUGGAUAAAAUUCGUUCUGAAAUGUUACGAAAUAUUUAUAAACUUGACAUAUGCAAUUCACUCGAAUGUUUGUAAUCCAGUAAACUGUGCAAGUUUCUUAACAUUAGUUUACCGACACCGUCGAUAUUUUGAGUUCACAAAUGAUUUGUAAGCUGAAUUUUCGUGGUCGUCUUACAUAUUAAACCUGCGUAAGAAUUUGUAAGGUUACUAAUUUUGAAGAGUUUACUGAAUUACAAAUAUCAGCGUGAAGUGCAUAAUUGUUAUGCUAAAAUAUUGCAAACUUGACGCUUCAUUUUUCCUGGAGAAUAAGAAGAACAAAAAGUUGUGAUAUUAUUCCGAUAUUUGUAUUCUUUAAUUUAAUACGUUAAACAAAUCAACUAGAUUACGUUGUAGAUUUACCUAAGUAGUAAUUUUAAUAAAUGAAAAAAAUCUAAAUAAAAAUUGAUAACAACAACGGAGUAAUAAAGAUGACAUUAAAUAAAA